CGUCCUCCUUCGUCGCAAGGAAAACGCUUUUCGCCGAGUCGUUUUCGCGAAUAAGUUGUAAAAAGUAACAAAAAUACGCUUUAGAUUAGCUUAAACUAGAGACUAUACAUAGAUAUAUAGCUGAACUACGAUCGGAAUAAUGGCGGACCUCCGCGGUGUAAAGCAUUUCGAUCGUAAAUUUGUGGCGUCCAAUUUGAAGAAUCUGCUGCACUGUCCCAAAUGCUCGAAAAACUACACAAAUUCCCAGGGAGAUCAGAAUCAUCGUCCCUUCCUUUUGCCAUGUGGCCAUAGCCUGUGCGAGAACUGUUUGUCAAAGGACCUCCAACAUUUGACAUGUGCCGUGUGCCAGGAGCCAGCUCCUCCAUUGAUCAAUGCCAAAAACUUGGCUGCAAGCAGCUUCCGCGUGCGUGUGUGCGACUUCUACGAACUCAACUAUCAUGUGCUGGGAGAGGCCAGCAGUCUCAUUUCAUUCCGUAGCUUGGACACAGAGCCGGUCAACGAAACGCUGACCCACAGUUUGGCCAACGAAGUGAUCAGCCAGGCCACCUUGUGCAGUGAAUGCCGUAAUGGCGACGACAUGGGCGAGUGUUUGGAAUGCAAUGCCUUCUAUUGCAGCCUCUGCUUCGCGAGUAUCCAUAAGCACAGUCGUGUGCUGCAAACGCACAAAUUCCAGAAGUUGAGCAACGGACCGCUGAAAGGAUUUUUUAUAGGCAACCAAAUGUUCAACAUGCCGGUUCAGAGGGAAUGUCAUUUGCAUAGCCUGCCCAUGAAUGUAUUCUGUUUCAAUUGUAAACGCUGCCAUUGCGCGAAGUGUUCGAGUGUACAUCACAAUAGUCAUAAAACGCAGCCGCUGUACCAGAAGAAUCAACGCUUGCAGUCGGAAAUACCUAGCACCUUGCAGUCGUUAAAGUUAGCUCUGAUGAACAUCCAAAAUGGCCAGGAGGUGGUGCGCGCGGCCAAACAGAAGCUGAGCGACUAUGCCUCCGAGACCCUGGCCAGCAUAUCCAAACACUUUUGCCACCUGCACGGCCUGCUUCAGGUGGCCGAGCUACAGAUUGUCGAGAAGCUGCGCGAGUCCAGUCUGCCGCCCCAAAUGGAGCUCAACGAAGCCAUGGGUCAGCUGAAUGGCUACGAAGAAUUGAUCAAGCACAUGAUGCAAUAUCUGGAUAAUGGUGUGCCCAAGAAUAUCUGGCUAAAGGAGCUCAUUCAGCAGUCCACCAAGCACCUGAAAAGGAUACCCAGCACAGUGCAGGUCAGCCAGAUCAAGAUGAAUCCUUAUCGCAUCUACAGUGAACACAUUGAUAUACUCAGCAUAAUCGACAAAAAGUUCAACUGCACAUUCGUGAAUCCCAAUAUUAAAGUUAGCUUCAAAACCGAUUUUGAGCGUGAACGCAGCAUCUGCAGCAUCAACAAUGCAGACAACACAUUCUCCAUGAGCUUCAGCAGUGACAAAGAGAACACUUGCCGGUCCAAUAGCCAGGGACCUGGGCAGCAGAACCAGCACCAGCUACUCAGCCAGAAAUCCAAUAUCAAUUCGAUGUCUAGUUCUCAAAAAAAUCAUGCCAAAAAGUCGACCAAAUCAAGCCUCAACUCUACUGCGGCCACAAUCGAUAGUUUUCAGCCAAGGAAUCAUCAUCAGCAGCAGGACUUUGUGCGCAACUUCUCGACCAUGGACAUUACCAAGCCCGCCACAGGGAUGGCAGAAAAGGCGGACUGGUUUAAGACCGAUGCAGUGGUAAACAUUCGCUCCAUUAAAUCACCAGAGGACUUCUACGUACAGGACACUAAUGCGGCCCAGCGGGUACGCAACGAGAUAGACACAUUUGCACAGUCGCUGACGGGCAUCCUCGCUCCCCCGGAUAUUGAGGUGGGCCAGCAUUAUAUCAUCUAUGUCAAAGAUCAGCAUCGCUACUAUCGGGCCAUGGUCACCCAGAAGAUGGCCACACAGGACACCUGCAAGGUCUUCUUUCCGGACACUGGUGUCUUCCACGAGAUGCACACUAGCCACUUCCGAGAGAUGCCAGAGCGCCUGUCCCAUCUCCCAUACUCAGCCAUGCACUGCAGCCUGGAACUUAUGCCCACAAGUGGCGCCGAUUCAGAGUGGGGUCCCAAGGCCAUCACCUUUCUCAAGCAGAUAAUUAAAAACAAUCCCGUUCGCCUGAUUGUCAAGAAGGCUUUGUCCCAUGACCUGCACGAGGUGGACCUUAUCAGCAGCAACUACAAAACUAGCAUCUCCGUGCGCGACUCCUUUUUAUAUUCUGGCCUGGCCCGCUCUCGCUGCGGCCUUCCGCCGGCCGUUAGUCUGAACCUUCCACCUUCCAAACACCGUUUGCCCAGACCUAAACUCCAGUUUGGCGAUAUCUUCAUGAUCCAAAUGAUGCAUGUGGAGCAUCCGCAAGAGUUUUAUGUUAUGCGCCACGACCUUGAGUCCGAGCGCUGCCAGAUGCAGAGCAGCUUGCAGAGACACAUGGAUCGCCUGAGCCUCAACAAGCUGGAAAGUAUCUUUCUGGGACGCCUGCAUCUCGGCUGCGUGCUACAGUUGGAUGGCCUAUGGAAGCGAGCCAGCAUCGAGCAGAUAUUGCCUGAUGGAUACGUUGUUGUUCGCCUGGUGGACGAUGGCCCCACCCAGACGGUUUACUGGGACGAGUUAUUUGUGCUGCCGGCGGAGUUCUGGGAACCGGAACGAACUAUCAGGUGCAGCCUAGCGGAUGUGGAGACCCUGCAGGAUUUGUCGUACGUGUGGACUACCGAGGCAACGGCUUUCUUUAAGCAGCUCACCUCGAAUCCCAAGCUGUACAUUGAAGUAAUCAACUUCACCGAGGAUGUGGUCUAUGUGGCGCUGAAAUUUACGCGUGGCACUUCAGAGACAACAAACGUGGCAGUGCAAAUGGUUGCCCAGCGACACUGUACAUCCACUGGGGAGAGCAGCCGAAUGUUUAGCAAUGCACAGGCUUCGCAACGAUCCGCUCGCCUCGAUGACGACACUCGCAGAUUCUUGGAUCAGCAGAAGGUGCAAGCGGUGGCGCUGACACCCUUUCGAAAGCCAGAGGCAGGAACCGAGGACCGAAACGAGCGGUCAAAUGUGAAAAUACUCUACAUCCGUCAGCCUGGUGAGUUCUAUGUGACCCUGCCUCACUUCCAGUCGGCCAUCGAGAGAAUGCAGCAGUCUGUGCAGAUGGCGGCGGAGGCAAUGUAUCAGAAUCAGGUGCUCCAGACAGAUUGGAAAGUGGGCGAUUUGUGCUUAGUCAGGGUCCAGGCUGAUUCCGACCUGGACACCCUUUGGCACCGUGGCGUGGUGACGCAGGUGAACUCCUCAUUCCGCUACCAUAUCCAGCUGCGGGACAUCGGCCAGGUGGUCGAAAAUGUGCCCACCAGUAGCAUGGCCAAUGCCGACGAGUCCCUGAUGAAAAUUACCAGCAGCGCCUUGCGUUGCCACUUGUGCGGCAUCAAACCUGUGGGCACCGAGUGGAGUACCGAGGCCAUAGACUACUUCAAGGACCAGGUGCAGGCCUACGACCAGGUCUAUACGACGAGUCAGGGCAAGACGUCCAACUCCGUGAGCGUGAUCCUCUAUGGCGCACACACCGUGGUCAGUGGACCCUUCUCGCCCGCUCACACCAUUUAUGUGAAUAUAAACAAGGAGCUUUUGAGGAAGAACUUGGCCGUAAAGAAUAUAGACGAUAUAAACGAUACCCAGAACUCGAUGCUGUUUUUCGAUAGCUUUUCCUCCACCGGAACCACCAUCUCCAACGACAAGGAGCCAGUGCAAACGUGGCUGGAUAAGAUCGAUGAAUCCAGGAUCUUUACAAACCUUAUUGAAGUGCCAGGUGGCAGGACUGUGCGCGGCUUCGAGCACAAUGAGGACAUGCCGCCAAUGGAACUGCUUGAUGAUUUGGCAAAGGGCCAAAAGACCACUGGCCAAACUGUGCCGCCUCCUGGUUGGUCUACGCCUCGCAAAAGCGACAAAACCAUAUUCACGGCCAUUGCCACGAACGUGAACUACGAGUGCAGCAUCUAUUUGACUUUGGGCAGUGACAAACCCUACUUGGAGUACAUGCGCAAGCUGCUGGAGUACCACUACAAGCCUUUGAUGAACAGACAGCAGCAGAAGAAUCGCUGCUACACCUACGGGGUGGGCCAACCGGUGCUGGUCACCUAUCACAUGGACAACCUGCUUUAUCGCGGCAUAGUGCAGCGUCUGCCUAACAAUCACGAUGAGUACACGGUGUACUACGUUGACUAUGGUAACUUGGAAAAGGUCAAGGCGGAUGAGAUGCUGCCAUAUGCCCCCUUCCCGCAGCUGAAUGCCAUGUGCUGGCUGGUUAACAUUCACGGAGUACGACCAAAGGGCGGAAAGUAUACCGACAAGCAGAUGGAUACAGUGCAUCAGCAACUGGUGAUGAAGCUGAGCAGUGUGCAUGUGGUGGAGCCGAGGGGAGUGGGGACCAGUAAACUGCCCACGUGCAACAUCAAGGUGGGCCACGUAGACAUGGCCACCAUGAUGAUAGACUGCGGCAUGGCUAUUCCAGUGGAAGCCAAAAACCAAAAGAACAGUCUGAAAUUCACUUUACAGAAGAAAGAACUCGAGGCUUUCAGGGUCUUUGACGAACUGGAAACUCUGGGCGCCACACAGCAGCGCCGUCUAGGCGGCCAAUCUCAUCAUAGAAACGAAACUGAUUCGUCUGUAAAUCAGCCGCCGGUUAAGAAAAUGUAUCUGUUGAACACCAAGGAGGUGAAUCGCUUCGAAAAGGACCAGGAUUUCGAUUGCCAGCAGGCAGCGCAGGAGAUGGGCCUCGACAACAGCUACGAUUGCGCCGAUUCAGAUGGUUGUUCGGGAGAACUUCAGGCGGCAGAUGUCACUAUCGCAGACGAUGAGGAGAUUGAGCUGGGCAGAGACCAUUGCCUUCACGAAAUGGACAUCAAUAUUGAUGGUGAAGAUUCUUCCAGCAGCGAUAGCUCCAGCGAUGAAAUGAAGCCGCUAAGCAUUUCGGCCGCCGAUCAAUUGCAGCGUCGCAUCGAACUGCGCCACAAGGAUAUGAAAGAAAACGUUAGCUUCUCGCCAAUGGACACAUCUUCGGUGAAAUCCAACUUUGAUGGCAGCACCAGCUUCAAGACGCUCAGUCUUCCCACUGGCGUGAAGGAGUUCCUGUGCACAGUGAACAAUGUGCUUUCGGCUUUGGAGCUGCAGAUAGCUCCUUGUCUCUCCGAGUUCACCAAGCACGAAAUUACGCUGAUCAAAGAGACAAGUCUUUUAAUCAAGGAAGCGGCUGCUCUGACGAGUCCCAAGAUCAACGACUUAUGCCUGGCCCGCUACUCGAAGGAUAGGCGGUGGUAUCGGGCCAUCGUCAAGGAGAUCCAGGAGAGAAUUGAGCAAGCCACCGUAUUCUACAUUGAUUUUCAUGACACCGAGCGGGUGUCCUACACUAACCUCAAGGAGAUGCCAAAUCAAUUGUUCAUGUUCCCGCAGCGCUCCUUCCGCGUCAAGUUGCACGGCGUGAAGAGGAACCAGAACUAUGAGGACAAGAAAGUGCUCCAAAGCCUACGAACUUGCCUCUGCAACUACUCGAAGGUCUAUGCCCGAGUCCAUUAUCCGUUUAACUACCAUGCCAACAACGGCGAUCAUUCGGAGGUCGGAAAGUUUGAUCUCAUCGAGGUGGAACUGUUCGAGAACAGGCAUAAAAAGAAGCUUGCCUACCAGUCGCUCAUCGACAAUUGGAUGUUGAUACCCAAGAAAUAGAACUAAAAGUGUGACGAGUCACAAAAACUAUUAUCUUAUUAUAUCCAUUAUCUGCGUUUAGAAAAUGCGCGCUUUGAUUUCACUCAUUACAUUGUUUUACAUAAUUGAAUAUGUAGCCCAGUCUUAUUUUUAAUUUCAUUUUCUCUUUGACAAAUAAACAAUAAGCUUCA